GCAAACUGACCUUUCGGUUGAAGAACCCGUCGGUCACAUGUGAGUGUCGAUAAAUAUCUCAAUUUUACAGUGAAUCCUUUAUAAAAUAGUAAUCAUUAUUGUUUUCAUCACUCCUGACCGUAGUUAAAAACUCCUCACAUCAUGGGUGACAUUGAAGACACACACUUCGAGACUGGGGACUCCGGGGCGUCGGCGACCUUCCCCAUGCAAUGCUCCGCCCUGCGCAAGAACGGCUUCGUGAUGCUGAAGGGGCGCCCCUGCAAGAUCGUCGAGAUGUCCACCUCUAAGACCGGCAAGCACGGCCACGCCAAGGUCCAUCUGGUCGGCAUUGACAUUUUCAACGGCAAAAAAUACGAGGAUAUCUGCCCGUCUACCCACAACAUGGACGUACCGCACGUGAAGCGCGAGGACUACCAGCUGACCGACAUCUCCGACGAUGGCUACCUGACCCUGAUGGCUGACAACGGCGACCUCCGCGAAGACCUCAAGAUCCCCGACGGUGAUCUGGGCACCCAGCUCCGCUCUGACUUCGACAGCGGCAAGGAGUUGCUCUGCACUGUGCUGAAGUCCUGCGGUGAGGAGUGCGUUAUUGCAGUAAAGGCAAACACGGCUCUCGACAAAUAAACCAACACAGCAUUUAUAGGGAUAUAAAACAAGCGUAUAAUUUUUUUACAAUCAACAACUCUUACAUAAAUGUAAAACAUAAUAUUAUGUAUAAUUUAACGUAAAAUAUUAUGGUUUGGCGCGGGGCUUGCGCGCCCCAUGCUACGCUCAACUCACUCGGUGUCAUUAUACUACUUAGAGGAGAUAAGUAAAGUUAGGAUACUACAAACCGUCAGUGGGGCUUGGUAUUUAGACAACGACAUGGCGUGUCGUGCGAUACCAGCCACCUCUGACGACAUUUGGGUUGCCUCGCAAUACUUAGCUCCGCUGGACCGAUAAUCUUCGCUGCCGCACGAAUAGUAAAUGCGAUACUACUUGUUUUAAGGAAUUGAUUCUAGAGACUAGACAGACCGGAUAAUAUGGUAUGAGAGGGCUCUAGUCCUUACACUGAUAACCAGCCGCUGGAUGCACUCCUCGACGCAGCGGGUUAGUUGCGCAGUUGUGUGGCGUCUUGGUUGUCAGUGGAAAGAAUAGCUGGCAUAUCGUCAUUGCUUCGGCGACGGGGGAUUAUCGGUGUGAGGAUCGGCGCUGGGGUCGCUGGUACUAGGUGUUGCAGACGCGCGGGCGCCGCGGCAACCGGCCGCAACUUCACGUUUGUUUUGUUUUGUUUGUUCUCUUUUCGCUUACGUGUACUGAACGUUACGUUGCGCUCCGCGAGCCACCGUAUAGUUUGUUGAUCGACAUCGGUGUGAUGAAAUUCCGUGUGGAGGAUAUUAAAUGUUUUAUAGUGGUUUAUAAUCUUAACGAAAAGAAGGACGCAAACUUGAAGUUAUUACCAUAUUUUAAUGCUAAAUUAAUUAAUACAUAUAAAAAAAUCAAGAAAACAACAAAAAAAUAGAAAUAAAGGAAAAUUCUUGAAUGUGGUGUGUGAUUGAUUAGUCCUUUACGGAGUUGUCAGUACGACGCUCCUGCGCCCGGUGCGCCGGGUUUAUAUCCCUUCAUGUGUAACACUUGCCAUCUGUUCAAAUACGUGUCGAACAAGUCACCAACUCAACCCGUCGCGGACCUCCGUGCGGCGACCGUCUCCGACCGCAUGUACUAAAUCCGUCAUGAAGACUGACUAUGAACUAACUGUCUUGAACAUAAAUAUCUUCAGUGAAGACUGAAAUGCAUUUUACAUAUUAUUUUUAUAAUAAACCUGUUUGAAUCCAUCGGCCUCUCCUUGCUCUCUUUAUUUGUGAUAUUUGAACACAUGAAAUGUUACACAUCAUUGAGUGACUUAUGACUGCCUAAAUUUCAUGUUAAAUUUAGUCGCCUCUGUAACAGCAAGUGUUGCGAUCAAGGGGCUAGUUAGGGUAACCAUUCACUUGUAUGUCAGUGGACUUAUCAAUAUCUUUUUAUUUAAAAACAUCAGAUUGUCAAAGACGAAAUGAUAUACGAGAAAUUAAUGUAAGAAUGUAAGGUUAGGCCCUAUAGGAGAAAUAUUUUUUUAUGCAUUCAAAAUUCGUACAUCGCAAAUGUAGACUAAAAUUUUAGGCUGUUUAUAGAUUCAGUUACAACGGAUUUUAUGUUCUCAGACUUAAAACUGUACAUUUUUUUUCGAAAUUGCAUAAUCGUUAUUGUUGGUGAAGUUUUAUACUCAACAGCUUGUAAUCAGGUUUUUAUUUUACAAAAAAACCUAAGGUAUUUGUAAAGUCAUCGGGAGGUGCACAAUAAAAUACUUUAGUGAAAAUAAUAUAACUUUCAUUAUGCGCGUUUUAAGGAUCCCUAAGACCUGGGGUGGAGGAAGAUACUUUGAAUUUGUAUCCUAAGUAUAGGAUAACGUUUGAUGUGGGUUAUUCCUGAACGUUUAUGAGUAUUGGUGCGUCUAAGUUAUCGUUAGGAAUUGAUUUGUCUCUUAGGCUCGAGGUCUGUUGCUUGUAAUGAUAAGAAAGUAUUGUAAUAGUAGGUGCAAGGUCGGUAAUUGGCAUUUUCGAAAUACUGCACUUGUUGAUACUAAAACACUUAUCGCGCAAACUCAAUAGAAGUCCAAUUGAUAAAGAGAGGGCACGUCAAAACCGCAAGUCUGAAAUGCUGAUUACCACUCAAGCAACGCUUGUAUUUGUUUGAAAUUGUUUGACCAGCAAAAGACCUUGUGCUAAGGGAAAAUCGAAAUUUAACCGAUCCUAAAAUGUGCAGAUUUUACUUAGGAAAUCUUAAAUUAUUUUUUAUAACGGGGCAAUGGUCUGGUGGUAAGCUGACUAGUUCUGUGUAAAUAUACGUAAGUCUCGUGUGUAAGUUACUGAACGCAUAUAAUACCCACUGUCUUUUUCGUAAGUCAUGUCAAUAUGAACAGUACCGAAUUUAAUAGUAAAGGCCAAUAAAUGUAAAUGCAGUAAUUAUUUAACAGUCUGUCGAAUUAAAUCUGUACAAAACGAA